CCGCCCCGCCGCGGCUCUGGGUGACGCUUCUCCAAUUACAGCUCGCGGGGAGCCGCGGCUCCGGGCGCCCCUCCGCGCCGGGCCCGCCAGCCCCGCCCCGCUGCCGGCAUGAGGGCCGCGGGCGACGGCGGCCUGGAGCGCUUCUGCAGCCCGGGCAAGGGCCGGGGGCUGCGGGCCCUGCAGCCCUUCCACGUGGGGGACUUGCUCUUCUCCUGCCCGGCCUACGCCUACGUGCUCACGGUCAACGAGCGGGGCAACCACUGCGAGUACUGCUUCGCCAGGAAAGAAGGAUUGUCCAAAUGUGGAAGAUGCAAGCAGGCAUUUUACUGCAAUGUGGAGUGUCAGGUCUGUAUUUUUAUAAAUCCCCAUAAGCAGGCCACACGUCUCCCUCGGCCUGUUCAAAGCCAGUCUGAGUCCAGCCAGACUUCAGUGAGCCUUGCCCGGCCAGAGGGUGGCCAUGCUGAAUCUGUGCUUGGAGCUGGUGCCUUGGAAGCAGCCGGGUUGGGACAGGCUCAGGAGGCGGGUUGCAUGGAGACCAUGGGCCAUCUGGUCCGAGGGAAAGAAGAUUGGCCCAUGCACAAGCUGGAAUGUUCUCCCAUGGUUGUUUUUGGGGAAAACUGGAAUCCCUCAGAGACCGUAAGGCUAACCGCAAGGAUUCUGGCCAAACAGAAGAUUCAUCCAGAGCGAACACCUUCCGAGAAGUUGUUAGCUGUGAAGGAGUUUGAGUCACAUCUGGAGAAAUUAGACAAUGAGAAGAGGGACUUGAUUCAGAGUGACGUUGCCGCACUUCAUCACUUUUACUCCAAGCACCUGGAGUUCCCCGACACGGACAGCCUGGUGGUCCUCUUUGCACAGGUUAACUGUAAUGGCUUCACAAUUGAAGAUGAAGAGCUUUCUCAUUUGGGAUCAGCAAUAUUUCCCGACGUUGCACUGAUGAAUCACAGCUGUUGCCCCAAUGUCAUUGUGACCUACAAGGGGACCCUGGCAGAAGUAAGAGCUGUACAGGAGAUCAGCCCGGGAGAGGAGGUGUUCACCAGCUACAUUGACCUCCUGUACCCAACAGAAGAUAGGAAUGACCGGUUAAGAGAUUCUUACUUCUUUACCUGCCAGUGCCAGGAGUGCACCACCAAAGACAAGGAUAAGGCCAAGGUGGAAAUUCGGAAGCUCAGCGAUCCCCCAAAGGCAGAAACCAUCCGUGAGAUGGUCCGAUAUGCGCGCAACGUCAUCGAGGAGUUCCGGAGGGCCAAGCACUACAAAUCCCCUAGUGAGCUGCUGGAGAUCUGCGAGCUCAGCCAGGAGAAGAUGGGCUCCGUGUUUGAGGACAGCAACGUGUACAUGCUGCACAUGAUGUACCAGGCCAUGGGCGUCUGCCUGUACAUGCAGGAUUGGGAAGGAGCCCUCCGAUACGGACAGAAAAUCAUUAAGCCCUACAGCAAGCACUACCCUCUGUACUCGCUCAACGUGGCCUCCAUGUGGCUGAAGCUGGGGAGGCUAUACAUGGGCCUGGAAGACAAAGCUGCUGGGGAGAAAGCCCUGAAGAAGGCCAUCGCCAUCAUGGAAGUGGCCCACGGCAAAGAUCACCCGUACAUUUCUGAGAUCAAACAGGAGAUUGAAAGCCACUGAAAACACGCCAACUUGGUCGUUUUUAUUUAAAUGCUAAUGCAGAAGCCUUCCAGGAUUUGAAUAUUUCCAGUCCUAUACACAACUCCUGCAUUUCCGUACAAUCGCUGGAAUGAAAACGCUACUCGCGCUUAAGCCUCACACAUGGCUUACCUGGAAGUUGGUCUUCACCUUUACUCUUAGUACCAAAGUCAUCUUGGAAUGCUUUUGUUGCCCUAAGAGAUAAUGGCAUGGUUUUGUAUGUUAUCUUAGAUUCUGGACAGACUGAGUUUAAAAAAAAUAUGAUUAUUUUUCCCUUCAUGCCUAUUAUGAUGUUCUGAACACACCGGAAUGAUGAGGGAGAAUAAAAAAGGUAACGGUA